GAAGGGCGAGAGAAAGAGAGAAUAACACGCAGCGGGUAAUGGAGAUUCCGGUAACGAGGAUGGUGGCUCCUCACCCACGUCCAUUGCCUCCUCUGUUUUAUCUCAACCUUCCCAACUCAGCUUCGGUUUCCAGGAACACUUGCAAGUUCCUUUGUCGCGGUGCUUCGUCUGAACUCAAACCGCUUCGGUCUGAAUUAUCUUUGUCCGUCGGAGCUCACGCUAUCCCUCAUCCCGAUAAGUCAGAGAAAGGUGGGGAUGAUGCUUUCUUCGUGAGCGGCUUUAGAGGAGGUGUCAUUGCUGUUGCCGAUGGCGUCUCCGGUUGGGUUGAACAGAAUGUGGAUCCUUCGUUGUUCUCCCGGGAACUCAUAGCUAAUGCUUCAAAUCUCGUUGAGGAUGAAGAGGUCAGAUACGAUCCCGGUUUUCUCAUAGAGAAAUCACAUGCUGCAACUGCUUCCAAAGGUUCUGCCACAAUUAUUGUAGCCAUGCUGGAAGAGAUGGGGAUUCUGAAAAUAGCCAGUGUUGGGGACUCUGGACUUAAGGUUAUUCGAGAAGGUCAGACCAUAUUUUCCACAACUCCACAAGAACACUAUUUUGACUGCCCCUACCAAUUAAGCUCGGAAGAAUCUGGUCAAACAUAUCUCGAUGCCUCGUUUAAUGUGGUGGAAGUAACUAAGGGAGACGUGAUCGUAAUGGGUUCGGAUGGACUCUUCGAUAACAUAUUCGAUGAUGAGAUCGUUUCGGUUGUGACCAAGCACGACAAUGUUGCGGAAUCUGCGAAGUUAUUAGCUGAAUUGGCGAGCGGCCAUUCAAGUGAUCCAAGUUUUGAAUCUCCAUACUCACUGGAAGCAAGAUCCAAGGGUUUUGAUGUUCCUGUCUGGAAGAAGGUUUUAGGGAUGAAGCUCACAGGAGGAAAGCUUGAUGAUAUUACUGUGAUCGUUGCCAAAGUUGUGAGCUCAUGAAGGCAUUGUGCUUUUGUACAUUGUAAAACCUACACUUCAUUCUUGUAUGUAACCGUUUGUGGAAAUCAGAUUGAGGUGUCUCAAGUAUUUUAACCAUUUUGUAUCUC